AUGGAUAAUAUAUUAUAUCCUACUUUCUUUAAAGAACGUGCUCUUCUGACUCCUAAAUUGUCCGAUGUUGCCAUGUUAAACGAGCACCUAAUGGCUGUGAUUCCGGGUGAAGAAAGAACAUUAUUGAGUUCAGAUAAGGUUUUGAAACAAGACGGUAAUUCAUCUCUUGAGGAUGACGAAAUCUCCCCUGGUAUCUUAAAUACAUUCUCAUGUUCGGGGAUUCUUGAUCAUAAAUUAACUUUGAAGGUUAAAGUACCGGUGAUGCUAUUGAGAAAUAUUGAUCAAUCAAGAGGUUCAUGCAACGGUACGAGAUUACUUAUUACAAAGUUGGGGAAUCAUGUUGUUGAGGAAAUUGUUCUUACAGGAAACAAUAUAGGAGAUACUGUGUUAAUCCCUAGAAUGACGAUCAACCCAUCGGGUCAUACAUUUCCAGUAAACUUCCAAAGAAGACAAUUCCCCUUGGUAGUUUCGUUUGCGAUGACUAUCAACAAAAGUCAAGGACAGUCGCUGUCUCAUGUUGGCAUUUAUCUUCCUAGGUCUGUCUUCACUCAUGGGCAAUUAUAUGUGGCACUAUCUAGAGUAAAGAGCAAACAUGAAUUGAAGAUGCUGAUACUUGAUGAAAAUGGUUGCGUUACAAAUACUACCUUUAACAUCGUCUACAAGGAAAUUCAGUAUUCGAGGCACAAUCAGUAUAUUAUUCCCUUGUCAUUUUUCAGAGUCAAAGGUUUUUAA